CUGCAGCGAACCAUAUCAAAUGCCAGUCGAAUCGUCUUCAUUUGUUUGGGUUUCCGUCAAGGUACUCUCGAUGGAAAGUCCUCAACUUCUUUGGUAGCAGUUUCAUUUUCACUAGGGGAUCAGACGACAGUUGGUGGGCCGUUGGGAGCAAUGUAGUAGUGUAGUUAGUGAAUAACUGAGUUUAGUGGGGGUGGAUCUAUAGUGACUGUUUUAGUGAUUAUUUUGGCAAACCAAUUGAGCAAAAUGUUGUCAGCACCGAAAAAUAACUGCAGAUCCACAGCAAACUUAACAUAUCAACUAAAUCUAUUGACUUUUGUGCUAGUGAUAAUUUCGACAGUGAUAAACAGUGUAAGAACGUUACCCAAUGAGAAACAGGCUCAGGAACUGUUACUUUUGGAUACCUUGGGCAAAAGAGGUGGAGUGCCUUCAGGCACACAAGAUUCCCUAAUGGACAUGUUGGGGAGAAUGAUACCUCAAUCAUGUCGUUACCGAGGAGUAAAAUAUGAAUGUGGGCUCAGCAUUUCCUGCGUAUUGGGAGGAGGAAGGCCCCUGGAUCUUUGCUCAGGUGGAAUGAUUUGGGCUUGUUGUGUGGAUAGGGAUACUUCAGAAGGACACGGAUCCGCACCUACUCAUCAAUCUGACGUAGGUGUCCUACAUAAUGCUAAUCCCGACGUUUACCAUCUAGUUAGUAUCUACCCACCUGAUGAUAGUUUUGAGGACAGUCAUCCAGAAUCAAAUAAUGUGGAUAGGCCUCCUUUUUCCAACCAUCACAACAGUAAACCACAAUUACUCAAUCACCAUCAUCAAGAUGGUGAUUAUGGGGCUGGAACCGGUCACCCCAAGCCCAACUUGAACAGCCAACAUUACCCAGUGAGUCUCUAUAAUAGACCCAGCACUCAUCAGGAGAACAAUUUUGAGCAAGACACGGACUACGAUUACCAUCAAGGAUCAUCUUUGGGUUACGUUGAACCGUAUGGGAAUAUGGGCUGUGGAGAACUUCACACAAGAUCCAAUAGGAUAGUUGGKGGCCAUUCUACGGGCUUUGGYUCYCACCCUUGGCAAGUUGCGCUCAUYAAAACUGGUCUUUUAACAAAGAAAUUGGCUUGCGGUGGYGCUUUGCUCAAUGAAAGAUGGAUUAUAACAGCAGCYCAUUGUGUUGCCAGCACUACGAAUGGGAACAUCCGGAUCCGACUAGGAGAGUGGGAUGUACGUGACCAAGAUGAAAAGUAUGGAUUUGAGGAAUUUUCGGUUGAACGAAAAGAAGUUCACCCUUCCUAUUCGCCGACAGAUUUUAAAAACGAUGUUGCUCUAGUGAAACUGAAUCGCAAAGUACGAUUUCGUCAACAUAUUAUUCCUGUUUGUCUGCCAUCACCCACAGUGAAAUUGCCCGGAAGAAUGGCAACCGUAGCAGGAUGGGGAAGAACGCGGCAUGGUCAAGCAACCGUUCCUUCUGUUCUUCAAGAGGUUGAUGUUGAAGUAAUCACCAACGACAGAUGCCAGAAGUGGUUCAGAGCAGCUGGCCGAAGAGAAACAAUUCAUGAUGUUUUUCUUUGUGCCGGAUACAAAGAGGGAGGACGAGAUAGUUGUCAGGGAGACUCUGGAGGACCGUUAACAUUGGCGAUCGAUGGUCGGAGGACUUUAAUUGGUUUAGUCUCAUGGGGAAUCGGAUGCGGCAGAGAACAUUUACCAGGUGUUUAUACAAACAUUCAAAAAUUUGUGCCUUGGAUAGACAAAGUUAUGCAGCCGUAGGUUUAUAACUGAAAAUGAAGUGCAGGAUUUAAAAAAGUUUGUUGAUUCCUAGCAUUAAUGUGUCUAUUUUAGCGUAAAUUUAUUACAAAAAAUUAAUAAGUAUCUACGCAUUUAACAACUAUUGAACUGGAAUUCACCAUUUUGUCAAACACCAUGUGUUAGGAACACAUCAUAUAAUGUUCUCCGAUAAAUUAUUAAAACAGUUGAAAAAACUUAAAAAUGUUUCUUACUUAUUUAACAAUUAGAUUUAUUGUUCCCAAUA